UGUGGGUUUAGCUACUCCUGGCGCGCAGGCCUGACCUGGGCACCGUGCCCCGAGCCCGUGACACAGUGGGGAGUGUCCCUUCGUCUGCCCGCCUGCGAGGGCCUGAGGAGGCCUGGAGCUGGGCGCAGAGUUGCGGGGCCGGUCGUUUCCCUGUGAGGCUCUCCCCAGAAUCCCUGCUGCCUCCGGGCAGUGGAGGAGCGGGCACCGAGGUCGCAGGUGUGGCUGGGGCCGUUUUUCCUGGUGCUCUGCGUGAGAGCUGGGUUCCAGAGCCUGGUCCCUAGGAGGAGAGCGGCGGAGCGGAGCCCGUGGGCGGAGGCCGGGCGCGUGAGGGGUCUGGGAGUGGGAGCGGGAGAAGAGCAUCGCCCCCGCAGCCAUGCUGCGCGCCGCUGGGAAGUGGACCCGGGUUUGACGGCCCUGCUCUGGGCGCUGCGGGUUGGCUGGGCGUCGCUGCCGGAGUGGGAAUGCCUGGUGUCACCCAGCUUGCUCCCCGCUCCCUGAACCCCAGGAGGACCGCAGGGACCCGGCCGGAGGACAGAGAUUUGGACCUAGUGAAAGGACAUCGUCCCUUAGCACCAGCUAUGGACUCCACAGCAUCAGUUCUCCCUUCUCAGGACCCUGCUCUUCCUCCAGAGAGAUGCCCAGGAGAAAAGGGAACAGCCAGCUUAUUCCUGAAGGCCAGGCCCCAGGACCUGAUGACAUUUGAGGAUGUGGCUGUGGAACUCACCCGGUGGGAGUGGGGGCAGCUGGACCCUACUCAGAAGGACGUGUACCGGGAAGUGAUGCUAGAGAAUUUCAAGAACCUGGCCUCCCUGGGGUUUCCAAUGUCCAAACCGUAUGUGAUCUGCCGGUUGGAGGAAGGGGAAGAGCCCUGUAUUUUGGAGAGAGAAAUCUCAACAGGUGCCCCCGCAGACUGGGAGAGAAGGCAUCAAGCCAAGGAAUCAAUGCUAAGUCAGGGAAUUUCCAAAGAAGAAGUAUUCCAGAUAGCAUCAGUGGAAAAAGACAUUAGAGAUGAACUCUGGUCCUCCAAACUGAAAGCAACUUGUGGUUGUGAUGACCAGUUAGAGAUGCAUCCAAAAAAGCAGGAGAGACAUCUGAAAGAAAUGUCACUCACUCACAAAUAUACUACCACCCUUAGGAGAGAUCAUGAGUGGAGUGAAUUUGGGACAAGUUUGGGUUUAAGAUCAGUCCCUGUUAACCAUCACAGUGUUCUCAUGGGAGAAGGAUACUAUAAAUGUGAUACAGAUUUCAGAGAGACUUCAGGGAGAAAUAACUCUCAGAGAACCCAUCCAGGGAAGAAAUCUUGUAAAUGCAAUGAAUGUGGGAAGUUGUUCCAUUUCCAGUCAGAACUUAGGCGCCAUCAGAGAUGUCACACUGGAGAAAAGCCCUAUGAGUGCAGUGAAUGUGGAAGAGCCUUUGGUCAUAUUUCAUCCCUUAUUAAACAUCAGAGAACUCAUACUGGAGAAAAGCCCUAUGAAUGCAGCGAAUGUGGGAGAGCCUUUAGCCAGAGUUCAUCUCUUGUUCUACAUUAUAGAUUUCAUACUGGAGAGAAACCCUACAAAUGUAAUGAAUGUGGAAGGGCCUUUGGUCAUACUUCAUCCCUUAUUAAACACCAGAGAACUCACACUGGAGAAAAGCCCUAUGAAUGCAGAGAAUGUGGGAGAACCUUCAGCCAGAGUUCCUCUCUCAUUGUACAUUACAGAUUUCAUACAGGAGAGAAACCCUACAAAUGUAAUAGAUGUGGGAGAGCCUUCAGCCAGAGUUCCUCUCUAACUCAACAUUAUAGAUUUCACACUGGAGAGAAACCCUAUAAAUGUAACGAAUGUGGAAGAGCCUUUGCUCACACUGCAUCCCUUAUUAAACAUCAGAAAAGUCAUGCUGGGAAAAAUACCCUAUGAAUUCAGACAAUGUGGGAAGGCUUUCAGCUGGAGUACACACACCACUAAACCUCAGAGAAUAUACAUAUAUGUAUAUAUAUAUAUAUAUACACACAUAUAUUAUAUGAGUGUAAUGUAUGUGGGAAGGCUUCUGGUCGGAGGACCUUGUUAAACAUCAGACAGGACAUACUAAACUGAAGUUCUGCUAAUAUCAAGAGAGGGAGUGGGCUUUUGUCACAACUCCUCCCUUAUCAAACACCAGAGAAUUCAAACUAGUAAACUAUGUGAACAUAAUGGAUUUGGAAAGGCUUUAGUUAGUGGACACACAUUAUUCAACAUCAGACAAUUUAUACUGGGGAGAAGCCUUAUCUGUGUAAUGAGUAUAGCACAGCCUUCAGUCACAUACUAUUCCAAAAAAAACACAAACAAACCAGAUAACCAUACUGGAGAGAAACUCCUCAAGUACAGUAAAAGCUGUCAGUAGUACUUCUCUUCUUGCCUUACUAAGCAGCAGGAAUACAUACUAAAGAGAAUCGCUGAGAAAGCAGUAAAUGUGGGAAGGCCUUCAAUCACAGCACAUCCCUUAUUAAGCAUCAGAGAAUUCGUUCUUGAGAAAAACCCUGUGGACAUGGUGAAUGUGGGAGAGCCUUCAGCCAAACCUCUUCCCCUUAUAAACAUCAGCAAGCUCACCCCACUGGUUAGAAACCCUGGGGAUGUAAAGCAUGUGGGAAAGGCUUUGGUGGAUGUUCUGCCCUUUGCACAUCAGAGAAUUUGUACUAGAGUGACUCUCUGAAUUUAGUGAAACUGGGAAAGCCCACUAGUCAGAAGCCAGAACUACACAUAUUGUAUAGUUCCCUUUAUAUGAACUCCACUAGUAAUAAUGUGUGUUCUCUAACUAAAGCCUUUCCAAAUCCAAAACCCUCAGCAUACAUUAAGGCUUCACCCAAAAGGGAAACCCUGGGAGCUUAAUGAAUGUGAGGAAAGUUGAUUCAUAAAUCUAGAGCUGAAAGGAAGCUAAGAGACCACCUAGUCUGGUGAUUUCCUACCUGCUGGGGGUUGUUUUUAUAACCACUUGUGUUGUCUCCCCAUCCUGUUACUGAUGGGAGAGGGGGUGCUGUGUGGGUGAAGAGAGUGAAGGCUGAGGAAGGUGGAGGCACCAGUGACCUAGCCCAGCCAUAUUUUACAGCUAAGGAAUCUGAGGUUCAGAGAGUGCCAUGCCCUGGUCUAUACACCUAACUGCUGGACUUCUUUCCUCCUGGUUUACAGCUAUAGUUUGGGGAUUGAGAGAGUGAAGGCCUUCUCUACACAAAAGCUCCAUGCACUUGUUUCUCUGUAAUGUUACUUUUAUGAGGCAGUAGAGUACUCUUAUUAAAGUUUUUGUGAGCAAAAAGCAAUUUUAAUAGAUCUUUAUGCUACUAGAUUUGGGAUUUUUGAAAUAAAAAAAUUUUAAACAUCAAUUAAAAUAUGGGUAUUUUAAAAAUCAAAACCUCAAAAACAUUAUCCUAAGUGAGAGUAGCCAGAUGCCAGGGACCACAUAUUGUAUGGUUCCCUUUAUAUGAAAUGGCCAGAAAAGGCAAAUCUUCAGAGACAAAGUAGAUCAGUGGUUGCCUGGGGCUGGGAGUGGCAACUGGGAGUGACUGCAAAUAUUUCAAGGAAUCUCACUGGGGUGGUGGGGCUGUCCUAAAACUGGAUUAUGGUGAUGGCUGAACAACUUGGUAAAUUACUAAAAUUCACUGAAAUGUGCAAAUAAAAUUAAAUUUUAUGGUA